GCCCUGGCGCCGGCCAUGGCGGCCUCGGCCCCGCCCGCGCGGGGCGGCCUCAGGCAGUUCCUGAGGCGGCAGCAGGUCCUUCAGUUGUACCGCAAGAUCCUGCGGGCCAUCCGGGAGGUCCCUGCUGAGCAGGAUCGCCGCUACUUAAAGGACUGGGCCAGGGAGGAAUUCAAGAGAAAUAAAGAUGCCACAGAAGAGGAUGCAAUCAGGAUGAUGAUUACUCAAGGCAACAUGCAACUUCAGGAACUUCAGAGAACACUUAAGCUGGCAAAAUCCUGAUCUUCAUUUUGUUGACAGUUUGAUUUUUAUCUAUUGCAAAUAGGCAGAAUAUUUUUUCUAUAAUGUGGUUACAAUGGCAGCCUUUGCUGGCAACCUGGAAAUGUUUGAAGGAGGAAUCUAUCACAGUGGGGUUUUGUUUUUUCCCCUUCCCCAUCUAUUUCUCAGUUUUGCUACCCUAAGAAGUGGAAAUCACUUGGACACAAAGGACAUUAAAGAACUGCAUGGAUGAUGUAGCAUGAGCUGCAGGAAAAGCAGAAAGCUGCAAAAAUUACAGUUAAACAGAUGUGUUUAUGCCAGUGCAAUGGAAAAUAAACAUAUGCCAGAUUAUUUUGUCUGCUUU